GAUUUCAAAACACUAGCAAUAGUAAUGACUGGAAUGACAGUGUUUUUGGGAUUAGGUAUUGCAGUAGUAGGUGGUGUUAUUAAACGAAGAUUCAGAAACAUACAUGGAACAUCUAGGGACCAUAAUGUGGAGUCUUCAAAUCCUUUUUCUGCAGACUCUUCUGGUGGUUCAACUGUCAUGUCUGGCUCCUCAACAUAUUACCAUCGUUACGAUGAGAUUGAUGAAUCAAGGAUGCUUCCCCAAACCAAUAACACAUACUCUUAUGUUGAGACAAUACCACUGAGAGUUAUGUAUCAGGAAGACACUGGAGAUUAGUUUGACACACUGAAGGACCAUUGCAAAAAUCAACUGAGGAUAGAAAUUAUAUGUUCAUAGUAAGGGCGUGUAUAUGUUCCUAAUAGUGAAGCUCUGCUGAUACUGGUAUCAUAAAAGAGGAAG